CCUUACUAUUUGGACAGUCAGAUGACAGUUCUGAGUUGUUCAAUGCACAGCCACAGCUUGCUAAACAGUUUGCACUACCUGAUUUUUUGUUUAAAAUCAAAACAACAUUCUCUUUUCUAUAAAGCAAUAGACUGUUGCAAGCUCCAGUUUGCUUGAAUCUUUACUGUCAAAACUGUGGUUAGUGAUGGUCUAAGGGAGAUAAUUCUCAUAUUUAUCACAUUGUGAAGUAAAGAUGUCAGAUGAGAGAAAUUUCCGUACAUACUACUAUAAGAAGUUUGGAAUAGGAGGAGUAGAAGAGAAAAAAUCCAUUGAAAUACUACUGAACGAGCAUCCAUUAAAUGUUGACAAAUUACGACAAUUCUGUCUGAUGUUCCCAGUGCCAGCAAAGUACAGAAUAUAUUUAUGGAAAGUUAUCUUCGGUAUUUUACCAUGUAGUCAAGGAUCUCAUGAUUUUGUGAUGGACCAAAGAAAGCAACAAUAUAAUGAUUUACUUCAUGCCCUACAAUUGAUGAGAAGGGUAGAUAACUCUACCACUGCAGGAUUACUGGUUCUGAAAAUGUACAAAUUAGAAACUGGUAUGCUGACUUUUGAAGAACAAGAAUUAGUGGACCCAGAUGAUAUGGCUUUGUUUUCUAUCUCCGAAGCUUUAAGUAAUAUUGAGGAAGACGAUAUUAAUGUUUACUGGAUUGCCAAAAAGUUUUAUGAAUAUUUUCUGAAAUGGAAAGAGCCAAUUUUGAGUCUGACAGAAAAAGCUGUGAACAGCCUGAAGAAAGAGGAUCCCAAGAUUUGGCAGCACUUGAAUCAACAUGACAUGUUCAGUAUACUACCACUCAGAGCCUGGUUUCUAUCAGGAUUUGCUGAUAUUUUACCCAAUACAUCCAUGGAAAGAAUAUGGGACAAAGUGGUUGGUGGAUCUUUUGCAGUUCUUGUACAUGUAGCUGUUGCAAUCUUCUUGACCUUCAAAAGACCUCUGCUGAGUAUGAACAACAGAGAAUCUAUGUUAAAGUAUUUAUCAAAAUUACCAGAAGAUAGUGGAGAUGUUGUGGUUGUCAAGGCAUUAGAUCUAUGGCAACAACAUGGAGGACACCAGAUGGUAGCAAGGUCUGAUUCUCCAUUGUUUUCUGACCGCUCACCAAGCUGAAGCUUACCUGUAACUAUGGAAGCAAUCACCAAUAGUAACCAGUCAAAUCACAUUUGAUUGAUAAUGUUUCUGAAAACAAAAAUACCAUUACUGUGUGGAAAUGAAAAAGGAGAUUCAGUUGAAACUCUCUGUCCUUACUAUGUUGUUUUGAUGAAAAAUCUAAGUGACAAGAGUCUAUUUUAUGACUAUUUAUAUGAUUAAGUUUACUUACAUGAAAAGUAAAAUACCAAAAAUACCAAACUCCAAGGAAAGUUCAAAAUGGAAAGCUCAUACACAUCAAACGAAUGGAAAACAACUCUCAUAUUCUUAACUUGGUACAGGCAGACUUGGUGUAUUAAUCUCGGUUUAGAGUGUAUAUCCAUUAUUAUUGGAACAUCAUUGCCUGAGAGUUUGUUUUGAGCUAAAUGUUUGUUUUUUUGUUCAUUGAAGAACAUAUUAAAAUUGAAAAUAAUAGAUAUUUAAUAACAUU